AUGACUACCACCAACGGAACUAACAGUGCGCCUGGGAACGCGCAAGAUGUCGACUUCAGAGAUCCGGCUGUGUAUGCCGAGUAUGAGAAGAAGUGGUCAUCCAAACCGGAAGAUGAAGUAGGCUGGCUCCAGCGAGCUCAAGAGGUCGCCGAUGUCCUUGCCGCUGAUGCUGUGGUGCGAGAUCAAGAGAACAAGUCUCCACGGGCAGAAGUAGCUCUACUGAAGCACUCUGGCCUUCUCAAGGUUCUUGGCCCAAAGAAGUAUGGUGGCGGUGGUCAACCUUGGAGUGUUGGCUACAAGGCAAUUCGGAAGGUAGCCGAAGCGGAUGGCUCCAUCGGCAUGCUGCUUGGCUACCACCUUCUCUGGUCGACCACAGCAAACAUUGUCGGCUCACCCGAGCAAGCCGAUCGCUUACAGAAGCUCAUAAUCGAGAACAACUACUUCAUCGGCGGUGCUGUCAAUCCUAGAGACAGCGAUUUAUCGAUCAAAUCUGACGGCGAUAAUGUCGUCUUCAACGGUUUCAAAUUCUUCAACACAGGUGGUGUUGUUUCUGAUCUCACCGUUCUUGAAGGCGUCUACGAAGCCACUGGCAACCACAUCUUCGCCUUCGCGAAGACGAAUCAGCCUGGUAUUCAAUUCGGUCAUGAUUGGAACAACAUCGGCCUACGCUUAACCGAGUCUGGUAGUGUCAAAAUCUCCAAUGUGAGCGUGCCUUGGACGGAUGCGCUCGGCUGGGACGUUGAAAGAAAAGAACCAGACCCUCGUGCGCUGCAGACACCUUUUGCGACGCUACUUCUCCCAACCAUUCAGCUCGUCUUCAGCAAUUUCUACCUUGGUAUUGCUCUUGGUGCACAGCAAUAUGCAGCAAGGUAUACGGUGAAGGGCACUCGGGCAUGGCCUUUUGGUGGCGACAACAAGGAGAAGGCGACAGAUGAGUUCUACAUCCUCGAACGCUAUGGAAACUUCCACGCUCACCUCCGUGCCGCGUCUGCCCUAGCAGAUCGCGCAGGCCAAGAAGUCGAUGCUAUCUUCAAUAAAUACACAGGUGAUUUGAACAUCCGUGGAAAGCUGACGGCGCGAGAGCGAGGUGAGCUGGCGGAGUGGGUCGCAAGCGUCAAGGUCGUCACAACGGACACCAGCCUGCGAGUUACUUCUGGAGUCUUCGAGGUGACAGGCGCGAAAGCGACGAGUCAAAGAGUAGGUUUGGAUCGAUUCUGGAGGGAUGUUAGGACGCACACGUUGCAUGAUCCUGUCGCGUACAAGAAUCGCGAGUUGGGGAGGUUUGCACUGCUGGACGAGAUCCCAGAGGCUACUUGGUAUACCUGA